AUGCCGGAUGUACGUUCAACCCUCGAAUUUCUGGCCAGACUGCCACUUUACGAGACCGAGAAACCAUACCUCUAUCUACCCGGCAAAGACGAAGGUCUCGACCCGAAUGUCACGAAGCUAGAUAAUCUAGAGUACGAACACCACUCUGGGAUCCUGAUAAAGGACGUUCGUCAGCAUCCUGAACUCAGCUUUGAUGAUUGUGGCUUCGAGUUCCAGGAAUUCCCGUCCCGAUACAAGCAAUUCGAAACGGCUGCAGACACUGAUGGAUACCGGGCGGAAACCGAGCAAAUACUGACAAAGAGGUUCAACGCGGAAAGGGUGAUGGUUUACGACAUUCGCUUGAGAAAGAACGAUACUUUUGGUCGCUCUGAAUUUGAUGUCUAUGAUCCCUUGCUCAUCGAAGGCCCGGCGAAAGGCGCUCACAACGGUAGGGCAAACGAUUCACCGUUCAUGAGAUUUGAAACUGAGGGGCUACUUGCUGCUUGCAGACGUGACAUUCCAUUCAGCCCCCAAUAUUCUGAAGCGUCACCUAUCAAAAGCAGAUUGCAGCACGUAUCUCCAACCAGGAUACCGCAUUCGAAUCCUGAAGUGAGUUUCUAUACCCGACUGUGGGACAACUUGUCCCAUACUGAUGUUCGAAAGUACCUGGCGUCCUCUGAAUAA